AUGAAAGUAUUGAAUACAAUAAUACUUGGGAGAUUUAUUCUACUCAGUUUCAUCAGUUGUGCAGUUUCAAAAUCGAUCAGUGAUGAUUUUAUGCUAGAAGAACCAUUAGUGAUUGAUGCAGAAGAUUCAGAAUAUGAAAUUAUACCAAUUCAUCGAUCAAGAAUACAAAAAAGAGAUACUGGUAGAGGAAUUCAUUUUUCACUUGAAGCUUUUGGAGAACAUAUUAAAUUAUGGCUAGAACCCCAUGAUGGAAUGUUGGCAACAGAUAUAACACCAAUUUAUUAUAUUAGACCUAAUGGUUUGUUUGGUAAAUACGAUGGGACCAUGAACGACAUUAUUAACGUUUUAUAUGAAGAUGCUAAAGAGGCAGCUACGAUGAUCAUAACUAAACUUCCUAAUGGAAACUAUAAAUUGGAGGGAGUAAUUGGUGGAAAACGUCUUACCAUUCGGCCAAUUUCAAAUGGAAUCCAUCAUAAAAAAUAUAAGAGAUUUGUUGAUAAAAUACCAGAGUUUGAACGUGGUAAUUAUACCUAUCAUAUUGUUUCAAGACUACCAGAAGUACCAGAUCAUCUAAAAACACUUCAGCCUCCAUCAUUCAAAACUGGGAGAUCCAAGAGAUCUAUUCCUGAUGUAAUUUUUCCAGAACUGCUGAUAGUAGUAGAUUAUUCACUAUUUGAAAAAUUCAAUCGUCAACAUUACGAUAUUGUAAAAUACAUUUUAGCAUUCUGGAAUAGUGUUGAUUUUAGAUAUCGGACUUUUCAAAAUCCUAAAAUCAGGUUAAAUAUUGCUGGAAUUAUUAUUGCUGAAGUAAGCAUUGAUAAUAUGAAAAUAAUGAGUGUAAAAGUUGAGGUAUAUUAA